AUGCUGCAAGUGGAAAUGAUCAUAUUCGUCUGCCUGAUCCUUUGGAUGUGUGUAUUUAGCCAAGAGCCGAGCUCCAAGGUGAUGGCCGACCGCUACGCCGUCUACUGGAACCGAACCAACCCCAGGUUCCACCGUGGAGACUACCACAUCGACGUCUGCAUCAACGAUUACCUGGAUGUCUACUGCCCGCACUACGAGGACUCGGUCCCUGAAGAAAGGACAGAGCGCUACGUCCUGUACAUGGUGAACUACGACGGCUACAGCACCUGUGAUGACACAGCCAAGGGCUUCAAGCGCUGGGAGUGCAACAGGCCGCACUCCCCCAAUGGGCCCCUUAAGUUCUCCGAGAAGUUUCAGCUCUUCACACCCUUUUCCCUGGGUUUCGAGUUCCGACCGGGCCGAGAGUAUUAUUACAUAUCAUCCAUGGUUACAGAGACUGGAAGAAAAGGCUGUCUUAAGCUGAAAGUCUUUGUCAGACCAGCAAACAGCUGUGUGAAAAUCAUAGGCGUUCACGAUCGAGUUUUUGACGUUAACGACAAAGUAGACAAUUCAUUAGUACCAAGAGAUGACACCAGUCACGAGUCACCCGCACCUCGGAGCGAUGCGACCAAUUCAGGGCACGGGCCACCUCUGCUUGGCCCCCUAGUGGCUCUUCUGCUCCUAUGCGCCUCUACACUGCUCACCUUAUAGCCCCCCCAUCUCCUUUCUCCCAGAUGAGCCCCUACAGCCCCCGCUGCCCCAUUCCCAAGAGGCCAGAAGCCUUACACAGGCCAGGGCGACGGGAGGGCUCCCAGACUCUCCAGGAGCACUACUUUGGUCCUCUUUUUUGUUUUUCCUAAUAUUUAAGUGGUCUUUCUCAGUCAGUGAUUAAGGAGAAAAAAUUGAUUAGUAGUGCAAAGGAGAAAAGCUUUUAGCUAAUCAGCUGAGAUGCCCUAAUCGUGAUGCAACAUCCGGUCACUGGGGAUCAGAGCUCAGGGGGCGGAGCGGCUCCACAUUUAGAAAAAGUGUGGUUUUAAGUUAACGCUAAACGAACAGAUGUAAAUGUCUAUGUUGAGGAUACGCCCCAGUACAAAUCUCCUAGCUCUGUUGUUAGAGGACUAGUUGCCUGUUUUUUCCUAUCGGCCUUCACUUAACAGUUCGCAGAAGUUCACCAGAUUGUCAAGCUCUAGAUUUGGCUAAAACUAUGUCUAAGUGGAUGGCAGAAAGUCUGGACACUGCACUCAAGAAAAGAGAUAAAAAGCCGGCCUGAUCAUGUGGGCCGGUCGAUCCUGGUGUCUGUAUGUGUGUGCGUGUGCGUGUGUUCGCUAACUGACGUACUUUAUUCGAUGGAAAGUGAGGAGGAAGAUAAGACACAUAUUUAUUCUCUGCGAUUGAGGACUUGUCUUAGUAGACCACACCACUAAAACAACAGUGCUUUUGUAUUUUGUAGGAUAAACUUAACUGCAGCAUAAAUACCUAUAUUUUUCCUAUGACCUUUUAUCUAUUGAUAUGAAACAUCGACGUUAACAAAUCAUCAAAACUCUGUCAUCAUGACUGUCCACCUCUGUAUAUACAGUACCACAAGGGGCUGCACAUGGCGUACACUGUCCCCCUCCCAAACCCGCCCCCGCCAUCCAAUAAUUUCCUGGACGGGGAAAAAAACGCUGGCUUUGCAAGCAAGAUGAAUAUCUACAACAUCCAGUAUUCCAAACCGUUCGCCUGUUGUUUUCAUCGAUUGUACAUUGAAAUAGCCGCUAACUAGUGUCUCAUAUUCUUCUACAAUGUUAACAAGGAUACUAAGUUAAGCUUAGGUGCCCUGUGAUCCCACUCUUUGCCUUCUGCAUGGCAGCCUUUGCUAUGAAUUUGUUGCUUUGUCAGUUAGAAGGAGUAGGCCCAGUUACACCUCCUACUGUUUCCAGUCUAAGUGACUCUUUAAUGAGGUUCAAAACGGCAGGCAUGCGGAGCCCAUGUUGUGGUGGGGGAGAUAUUUGUGGUAUUAAAAAUAGGUGGUCAAAGGCAUGGGCAGUGCCGAGGCAGGCUCAGAUUUCACCGGGACGACUUCUUUUUUUUUUUUUUUUUGACCUUGCAGCCAGAGUGCUCUCCAUGGGGCAAGUACACAGGGAACUGAGCCGUGCUGGGGAGGGCUUGAGGGAAGUGGGUACUUGGCCCUCAUAAGAAUAAACAAUAUUGGGGAAUUCUCAAACAGUCUGAAAUUGUAUAAUUGUUUCUGCCUUUCUAAUUCUCAGUGGGCCUGUUUUUCUUUUCCCUCCGCCGUCUCUGAUACUGGAGAGGAGGUGCUCCGUUUGUUGUUUUUUUUUGGUUUGUUUGUUUGUUUUUAAUGGUAACAAAGCUAUUUCAGGAGAAUAGCAGCUUGGGUUAAAAGUCAUUCAGAAGAGGGAAAAUGCCACCAUAUGUGCUUAGUUUCAUGGUUUACAUCGAAAAACUAUGGAAACCUUUGGAACUCAGUUUCAAUAGUAUUUGUAUUGCUACCAUUUAUACUCUGAUUAUAACUCUUAUCAUUGUUACCAUACUUUGUACACGCUUUGAACUGGGAAACAAGGCUCAAUUCGUUUAAAUGGAUACCGUGUAUCCUGAAGUAGUCGACCAGUAAUAACAUGUAGUGUUAGAUUAGUACUUGUUUUUGCACCUUUCUGGAGGUCAAAAAGGAGACGUCAUUAAACAACAAGAAAACGGCAACGACAACUAUUAUUAUUAUUAUUAUUAUUAUUAUUAUUACUAUUAUUAUUGAUAUCAUGCAAGCUGUUGUAUAUAGUGUUUGAUAUGGAGGUAUUAAUUUGAUUAUGUCUUUUCUUAAAAAAACAAAAGCCAAAAACAACAAAAAAAAAAAACCCAGAAUCUCUGAUGAAUUGGAGAGAGCAUACACACGAUCUUCACCACCAUCUUCAAAGGCCACUGCAACCAGAACGUGACCACCUUUGGACAUCACUUCAAUAUGUUCCUCUUCAACUCUCCUCCCACCAUCAUCCAUUGCUUUGAGGAUCCGAUCGGUGAGCAGAGGCGGAUUUUCUGAGACGGCGUGCGUCAUUGGCUUCAGUGUGUUUUGAGGGGUUUUUGUCGUCUGGAAGCUUCUUUUAUUUUGUUUUGUUUUGUUUAGCAGCAUGUUGGCAAACCAGAAGUCGCUCCAUGAACUAUUGGCUUUUCUCAUGAAGGAACUUGCCAGUUUCGUUAUGUGGCAUGCGCAUGGACUUGACAGUGAAAAACGUGAUGAGAUGUUGUUUUCUCUUGCUUUUCCUUUUUUAUUUUAUUACGUCAUGGAACGUCAGAGCCUUACUGCACACCACCAUGACUGUGUUCAAGUUCCAUGCAGGUGGGAACGCUGCACAGAAGAGCUGAGUAGACCCAACCAUGCUGCCCGACAUUGGAGGACAACUGUAUAUAGCACUGUUCUGGAGUGACAGCCAGGAUUCAGAAGGUUCUGUUUGUGAUGUCGGUGUUUUCUCUCAGUGAGGAGAAUCUGUCCUCCAUGAAGUCAUGUUAUUACACUAUGUUUUGUCAGAGAUGUGACUUUUUGUUUUCUUUAUGAGGUGCAGCCACUCUUCGUUGGCAAUGAGGUGGCCUUCCCCUGCCUUACUUCUUAAGUCCUUCAAAAUGCCAAGAUCAGUCUCUGUACCGUUCACUCACUUCACUUGUUUUUCUUUCUUCAGUCCUUGUUAUCAAACCCUUAGCUGCUCUGUCUCUCAGAUAUGGGGAUAACUCAUUUGUACGUAUACUGUACCAGCCCCUGUGUGCUCCUGUGCUUGGUAUCAUUUCUGUUUUUUGCCGUUACCAUUUUUAUCCUUUGCAUCUCUGGGUGCUGUAUUUGAUCUGCUUUCCCCCCCUGUACAAACAGAAACAACAUUUUGGAGGGAAAAAAAAAAAAAAAAUAAUAAAACAGAAAAAAAAACAAAAGGUCUGUAUUUGUAUAUACACGUGUCUGAGCAACUAUGAAUAAUAAUGAUUAAAGAAAAAAAUACACAGA